AUGCCGUAUUCAAAGGAACAGCUUAACUACUUUCGGAUGAUACACAUUGUUAUGACCAUUUUUUCGGGCGCUUUGAGAGAACUGUUCAAGGAAGAGUGGCGUAGGUUUUGUGGUUCAAAAUGGCGCGACAGACGGGAAGAUGGAAGGCGGUUUUCCUCAAACGAGUCAUUUGUUAAUCGAAAACGUAACAGGGAGGCGCUGAAAACUAUCGUUAAAGGCCAUUCGUCACAGUUUGACAACUCCAUUCUGUUUUACUGUAUUCUGUACUCUGAUUCGGUUGGAGCUAACCUAAAGAAGAGAAAUCCUUCGAAGUAUGGCGAAAUAGACCGCCUUCGUGAGCUGCGAAACGAGGUUUGUCAUAUUGCCCCAAAAGAUGAAGUUGAAGAUAGCGACUUUGAAAGCUUUUGCUCUGAAGCUAUUACUUGUUUCAGAAACCUUGGUCUUUCAACAAGCAACUUAAAAGCAAUUGCGAAAGAGAAUAGUUUUGAUACGAACGAAGUGGUGAGAUUGAAAGCGGAACUGGCGAGAGAGCAGAUGGCUGUAACGGAAUAUGAACAGUAUUUUUCUAAGAAGCUGUCCACCUUGAAGAAGGAUUUCAACCCAAGGCCCUAUCUUGGAAAGAUGAAAGAUCUAGGCAUUCUGUCAGAAAGAGAAGUUAAGAACAUAAAAAAACAGAAGAGGAACGAGAUUAAACUUGCUAUGCUCAUGGAUUCUGUUGUUUACAAAGGAACGGAAGUUGUUGCAGCAUUUCUGAAUUUGCUGAGCGAGACAGACCCGAAAGUAGCAAGUUCUUUUAUAGACUGCCUUGCCACAAGUAAGCAAACGGAAGAAAUUUGUAACUAUGCUCCUGAAACAAUUCGUCGAGCAACUGUGAAGUAUCCAAAAUAUUACAAACUUGUCAUGCAGACUUUCACAAAGGAUAUUUACAAGCGAGAUUGGGAAAAGUUAAAUCGACGGUCUGCAUUUUUUCUUUAUUGCUUUCAAGACCCGGCGACUAAGCUCUUUGUGCAGAUUGAACUCGCCUAUGGCUACAACAUUCAGGGCGAGAGUGAAAAAGCCAUGCUUUUGUUGAAUGAUGCCCUUGCGAAUGCUUCGAGAGCGGGAGAAAAUUGUCAGCGAAUUAUAGCAAGGGCCCUGGCAAGACAAUCUUUAAAGUUGGUGUACGAAGAAAAAUAUCCCGAGUCAAAGGCCUUGGCUGAGCAAGCAAAUAUGAUGGUGUCCAACAUGGAGAGCCCAGAAGAGCAGAUUGUUUGCCUGAAACGUAUUGCUGACUGUUUACUGUACGAGGACGGCUUACUGGAAAGCAAGAAAAAGGGAUUGACGCCUGUUUGGAACACAAUCAUUGAAUUGUGCCAGAGAAACCAGGAUAGCAUUCCUAGAAGUUCCUUUUAUCUUAGAUUUGUUUUUGCCGACAAAGCACGUCUACACCUUGGGUUUUCAAAGAACGGAUUUGAUCGUUGUCCCAGCGGUAUUUUGGAUCUUGAAGAAGCAGAACGCUGUAUUCAAAGGCUGGAGGAACCAGACUUGAAAACAGACUCUGAGGAUACCUACACAGACGCAUUCCGCUUGAUUUGCAAGAGCAAAAUUGCAUUUGACAAAAGCAAAGUGGCUGACGUAGCAGAAGAAGUGGAAACAAGGGAAAAAGAAGCAUUGUCGCUGUAUGAAAAAGCGGCCGCAGUUUGUAAAAGUGCCCAAAACAAUGGAAUCUUGUUCAUGUUAUCGUCACUUAAAGAAUACUUACAAAACGACUGA